AUGAUUAGUGUUCUUGGUGCCUACUAUGAAUUAAACAAAAGAUACGAUGCUAUUCACUAUUUCUAUGUGAACGCUGCCCAAGGUGUUUAUAAGGGUAUCGAUUGGUUUCAGGCAUUCAAGGAUGUGAUAAAAAAUCCUUUGGAUGCUGUUACGUAUCCGAAGUUCAAUAUUCAGAAAGUAGGUGUGAAAUCGGAAGAUGAUUUAGGGCUGGUAUUUCAAGCCAAUGUAUUUGGUCCCUAUUACUUGCUUAACAAGUUAAAACCGCUUCUCUCUAAUGGUAAUGCUGUUGUGGUUUGGAUCUCAUCCUUACUAUCAGAUCCGAAGUACUUAUCCCUUGAAGAUAUCCAACUCUCGAAGACAACUGCAUCCUAUGAAGGUUCCAAAAGGUUAGUCGAUUUGCUGCAUUUAGCUACAUACAAGGAGUUGAAGGAUAGCGGUAUCAGGCAAUAUCUUACUCAACCAGGUAUAUUCACGAGUUUCUCGUUUUUCCAGUUCUUAAACUUCUUCACGUUUUACAGUAUGUUAGCUUUGUUCUACAUGGCUAGACUAAUGGGUUCUAAUUACCACAAUAUUGACGGUUACAAGGCCGCUAAUGCACCUGUGUAUGUCGCUACUCAGCCUUCCUCGGUUGUAGAAAACCAAGCGUUAAAAUAUGGAUCUGCGACAAGAAUGCGUGGACAAGAAUAUAUCGAGACCACUGAGGUUGAUCCUACAGGUACCUAUGACGUUAAGAAAUACAUAGAAAAUCUAGUUUUGGAGUGGGACGAGAAGCUUAAAGAUCAAAUAACCAAUACUCGUACUCCGUUUUGA